AUGAUGGUUACCACCAAGGUUGUCUCCAACAUGCUUCUGUCCUACGCGGCUAUUUUCCUGUGGUGGUGUCUCGUCCCGGUUGGUGGUGCGGUCGCUCUGGGUUCUUCCCUCGAGCAGCCUGUUACGCCGCUGCUGAGGCCGCGAUCACAACGGCUACAGCCGAGACAGACGUGCAACACUGCGACGAACAGGCAGUGCUGGACCACGAGCCCGGUGUUCAAUAUCAAUACUGACUGGGAGGCUUCGACGCCGGUGACGGGUGUGACAAGGACUUAUACCUUUACGCUGACGGAGGUGAAUAACUGGAUUGGUGGAGAUGGGGGGAUCAAGGCGAAGGCUAUGCUGGUGAAUGAUUGGGGAGAUAGAAUCAAUGUUACCGUCGUCAACAACCUCGUCAGCAACGGGUGA